AGUAUGUUUGUGUUCCAGUGCCAGGCAGGCCCACCAUGAUGAUUAGCACCACAGCCAUGAACACCGCGCUCAUCCAGUGGCACCCCCCCAAGGAGAUGGUCGGGGAGCUGCUGGGGUACCGGCUGCAGUACAAGCGCACGGACGAGGAGAAGAUGAACACCAUGGACUUUGGGAAGAACGACCAUCACUACACGGUGACCAGCCUGCACAAAGGUGCCACCUACCUCUUCAAGCUGGCGGCCAAGAACAGGGCCGGCCCGGGGGAGGAGUUCGAGAAGGAGAUCACCACGGCAGAGGACGUGCCCAGCGGGUUCCCGCAGCACCUGUGCAUGGUGGGACUCACCACCUCCACCACGGAGGUGGCCUGGGACCCCCCGGUGCUGGCGGAGCGCAACGGAGAUAUCAACAGCCAGCAAGACCUGACCAACGUCACCCUGGAGACCAGCAUCACCCUGGCCAACCUCAAGCCUGACACCACCUAUGACAUCAAAGUGAGGGCCCGCAACAGCAAGGGGGCAGGGCCUCUCAGCCCCAGCAUCCAGUCCCGGACCAUGCCCGUUGAGCAAGUGUUCGCUAAGAAUUUCCGUGUCAGCGCCGUGAUGAAAACCUCCGUGCUGCUGAGCUGGGAAGUGCCUGACUCCUACAAGUCCGCCGUGCCCUUCAAGGUAGGCCCUGCGCCAUG